CAUCAAAAACAAAAACAAAAUGGCACUCUCACCUUUGAGAUCAAAGUUCCUCCACCACAACCGCUCUCUUAGUUUACCUUCCAAAUCAUCAUCAUCAUCCUCUCAUCUUGAUGUCAACAUCUCCGGCUUCGAGGCCUCCUGUUCCUCACUGUCAUCAAUAGAGAGCAGCAUCAAAGGCCUCAAAAACUUGUACACCUCCAUCGACGAUUUGCUUCUGCUUCCUCACAUCCAACAAAUCAUCUCCCGCGCCGAAUGGAUUCACCAAGUGUUGGAUGGCUACAUCAGGCUCUUGGAUGCCUCCUCCACAGCCAGAGAUCUCAUCUCAAGCACGAAGCAGCACGUGCAAGAGCUGCUCUCUGCGCUGCGGAGGAAGGAUGCUGAUGGCAUCCGCUGCUAUCUCAGCUCCACAAAGAAGUCAAAGAAGAUCAUCCAGAAAUCUCUGAAGAGUUUCAGAAGCAAGUCCAUUGUUGCAACCUUGGAGAAGGGAAGCGACGCGUGGGAGCUCGUGCAGAAGCUGAGCGAUGCAGAGUCGAUCACCGUUGCCACUCUUGAAUCUCUGCUGGCCUACUUGAUUGGGGGUAGGAUGCAGAGUGGGUGGUCCUUGGUGGCCAAGCUGAUGCACUCCAAGAAAGAGAGCAAUUACUUCCAUGGUGCUAAUGAGUUUGAGAAGAUGGAAGCCCUCUUGCAAAUCAGCUUAGAAGGUGUGCAAGUUGAGGAGGUCAUGACUCUAUCUAAGGAGGUGGAUUCCAGCAUUCAGAAUCUUGAGCAAGAGCUGGAAUGCUUGUUUAGACAGUUGAUUAGAACCAGAGUGUUACUCCUUAACAUUCUUAACCACUACUUUCCUUGUGGAUCACAAGAAGCUGCCAUAGUCAAAGUUGAUGAGAGUUUGCUCUCUGAGUCGACCCCUUCAUCGUUGUCCUCUGUGGCUGACAGAAUAAAGGGUCUCCAAAAUCUGUACGAGAGCAUCGAUGAUUUGCUUCUGCUGCCUCACAUCCAAAGAAGCAUUGCACAUGAAUGUCCACAGAAAUGUGUGGAUGAAAUGAUGGAGGGGUAUAUCAUGUUGCUGGAUGCUUGCGCAGCUGCUAAAGAUGUCGUCUCAGUCGCAAAGAGAGACGCGCAGGAGCUUCUCUCUGGUGUGAGAAGAAGAACGCACGCAGAGGCCGCCUCCACCUAUCUCUCAUCAAGGAGGAAGUUGAGAAAGAUGGUUCAAAAGGCCUCAUUUUUGAGGAAGAAACAAAAUUUGGGAAAGGGAUACGAGAUGAGGCCGGUGGAGAAGUUGCUGAUGGAUGCUAAAUCAGCAACUUUAGGCAUGAUCAGCUCUCUCUUCUUCUACAUGAUGGGGACAAAGGCACACAGCAGUGGGUCUUUGGUAGCCAAGAUCAUGGAGUCGAAGAGAAUCGAAGAAACAGAAUUUACUAAGGUGGAUGCUGCCCUAAUGUCAUUCAUGCAAAAUGGAGAUGAUGGUGUCAAAUUUGAUGAUGUUUUGAAAAGCAUGGAAUGCAGCAUUCAGAUUGUGGAAGAUGGGCUGGAAUGCUUGUUCAGAAGGUUGAUCAAAACAAGAGUUGUCCUCCUCAACAUUCUUAGUCACUAA